AUGAAGGCGAUACAAGCGUUGAAGGGCGUCGCACGGCCCAGAUGCAUGGCUACUGUGACUCGCGCUGUGCAACCAGCACGAUUCUCCACCAGCACGCCUCGGCGAUUGCCAUCGGACGACCCCGGUGGAAAGCCCAACACGGGUCAGCACCGAACGGUCUACGACGACUUUUACAACAUCCUUGCCCCACCCACACCCUCGACCUCGAUCGUGAUCGCCUCUACAUCGCCCACCUCCAUCACCCUCCAAGAUGGCCUAGUCCUAGCAGAGCCCGUGGUGAUUCUUAACAAUCAGGUGUUUCUCUUCGACCAUCCUACACUCAACCAGGACUACGCAACACCCUCGGGAAUCGGUUGGGAAGCGUGGAUCGAUCAACAGGUUAGGCCGGGGAAGAAGCUAGAGGUGACUCAAAAGGUCAAGGAUGUAUUGGGCAUCUUUGAGGUGGUGGAUGAAAGACCCGAAAUUGUACUGUUUGGUACGGGCAAGAGGGUUUUGCCCCCACCAACCCCGAUCCGGCAGUAUUUGAACGAGCUUGGCAUCCAACUCGACGUCCAGAGCACCCACGACGCAGCUUCGACGUUCAACAUGCUCUCCGAAGAAGGCAGGAAGGUCGCAGCGAUUCUGAUCCCCGCUGAACCAACGGAGAAAGUGAGGUACACGCCCCAACAGCUCGAACGCCUGCUGGCGGGGAAGCACUGA